CAACACCCGCCGCUGUGAUUAGGAAAACCUGUGGAGCAAAGGAAGGAGAUGAGCAUUUGAGCUUGAAGGUGAGGUGGUGUUAAAGAAAACUUUAUGGAAUUGGCCGGAGGCGGCUUGGUGGUUAUGUUGCUCCAAAACGGCAACUACUCGGGCCUAAAGUUUUCUGCAUUUUUUCCCAAGUAGCCUUUUCCCGGACAAGUAAGGUGAUUUCUGAAGAGGUUAUUCUUCUAUCUUUGGUGCAUAAACGUGAAACGGAUGCAGGUUUAAAGUCAGUCGCGACUUUUAUUUUAACUUUAAAUUUCGGACACGCGCUUGCUCGGAGGCUCUCGCGCCGUUUGGAAGAUGUCAGAAAGAUCGCAGAGUCCAGAGUGCCAAAUCCGGCCGUAUGACUUCAGCCGGACCAACCAUAGCACCCAGGUUUUGGGUCAUGAUAGUUUAGGCAGCACUGCGUCUUUCCAACUUCCUCACGGCGUCCUGCCAGACCCGAGCCUCUUCUACAACAAAACAGCGUACAGCGGCAUCACCCCGGCAUCUGCGCAGACCUUCUUCCCGUUCCCACCAGUCACCGGUGACUACCGGGGAUCCGACCUGCAGGCUGGAGAGUUUGGGCAACCCAAGCACUGGUAUCCCUUCGCUGCGCCCGAGUACACCGGCCAGGUACCCGGCGUAACAGCAGCUACCCAGCCUACAAACCUGAGUCCCCCCAUAGCCGAGACCCGGGAGCAAAUCAAACUGCCUGAUAUAAAGACUGAGAAGGACACCGGAGAGGACUACUCAACGGAGAUAAAGGCUCAACAGUACCCAACACCGCCGGCCUCCGCCGCCAUGUCCCACGGCGUCUUCUACUCUCCGGCCUGGAACCCGUCCUUCUGGCCCGGGAUCACCCACAUCACUCCUCCUGGCAGCAACAAUCAAAAUCCCUCAACGUCCUCUGCCUCUUCGCCAUCAAUGUCUCCUUCACCCCCGAGCAACGGCCUACCAGGAAACGCGUUUUUCAGCGUGAACGCAACCCAGGCUGCAACCGGACCCCCUACGCAAAACCCGGCGUCCUCCACGCGGAGCAGCGGGUCCUCCAGCGGCGGCUGCAGCGACUCUGAAGAGGAAAAUCUUUCCACUGAAGAACUGGAGCAGUUUGCCAAAGAGUUGAAACAUAAACGCAUUACUUUGGGAUUCACUCAAGCUGAUGUUGGUCUUGCCCUGGGUAACCUUUAUGGUAAGAUGUUCAGCCAGACGACAAUCUGCCGCUUCGAGGCUCUGCAGCUGAGCUUCAAGAACAUGUGUAAGCUGAAGCCCCUUCUCCAGAGAUGGCUCAACGAGGCCGAGACCUCAGACAAUCCCCAGGAUAUGUACAAGAUUGAGAGAGUGUUUGUUGACACCAGAAAGAGGAAGAGGAGGACCAGUCUAGAGGGAGCUGUUCGCUCUGCUUUGGAGUCAUACUUUGUUAAAUGUCCCAAGCCCAACACUCAGGAGAUCACACACAUCUCAGAUGACCUCGGUCUGGAGAGAGAUGUCGUUCGUGUUUGGUUCUGCAACCGGAGACAGAAAGGAAAGCGCCUGGCCUUGCCACUAGACGAGGAGUGCGACGGCCAGUAUUACGAGCAAAGUCCCUCCCCACUGAACAUGGCCCCCUCCCCUGUUCCCAGUCAGGGCUACCCUGCUUCCAGCUACCAUGGUGCCCCUCCUCCCACACUCUACAUGCCUCAACUUCAUCGACCGGAUGUCUUGAAACAAGCUCUGCACCCCGGACUGGUUAGUCACCUGACUGGAUAAACAUACUCAAGGUAGUCCUGGCUAGAACCACAGAUUGCCUUCCCAAGUCUCUCUGUCCAGCCCCACCUUAAGCCAAGACAAGUCAUGAAAUCCAGCAAAUAGAUCGACCGAUCAUAUCGGCGUAUCAUACACAUUUCCGAUGUGGAGGCUCUUCUACAGACCACAGCAUUAAGAUGGAUCCCAGUGGUUUCUAGUUUUUGAUGAUGAAACUUGAACUACCAUGGGCAACAUCAUCUGGCCAUGGUCCGCAACUCAUAACGGCUUUAACCCUUUUAAACUUGGACCAACAUCGUUUUUCUUGUGCUGCACUGGGUUGCUCUUCACAAG